AUGAUAUAUUUCUUCUUAUUCCUAUUUUUGAUCUUAUUAAAAAAUAAGAAAAUACAAACUAAAAAAAGUAUAAAGAACUCGAAUAUUUUAACAUUCAUACCAUUAUCCAAAAAAAAUGAAAUUAUUAAACAAAACAUAGGGAAAAUAUUAACUUAUAAUUUACAAUAUGAUCAAGGACAUACAAAUUAUAAAAAAAAGGUAAGGAAAAUAAACUCACAUAAUAGCUCAUCAGCAUUUGGAAAUAAUUAUAACCUAGAUAUUGAAAAAGAAAAUAAUAAAAGAUCCAUUUUAAAAAACGAAGAUUUAAAUUUUGAAAUAAAAAAUGACUGUAUUAUAUCAAAUGAUAAUAUAAAUCCAAAAAAAAAAUAUAUAAAUAAAAAGGAUCAAGGAAUGAUGGAAGAUACCAAUACUAAUGAUAAUAUUAAUGACACAAAUAAUAAUUAUAAUAAUUAUAAUAAUUAUCUUAAUUGUGAAGUUAAUAAAAAAAAAAGAAAAAAGAAAUAUUCAAAAGUAGAACAACAAAUUAUCACGAAUAAUGAUGAUAUUAAAGACAUGAAAAAAGAUGUCAAAUUAUAUUUUUUUAAAAAAAGAAUCAUAUAUUUAACAGAUGAAAUAAAUAAAAAAACAGCAGAUGAACUUAUUAGUCAAUUAUUAUAUUUAGAUAAUAUAAAUCAUAAUGAUAUUAAAAUAUAUAUUAAUUCACCAGGAGGUUCCAUAAAUGAGGGACUAGCCAUCCUAGAUAUAUUUAAUUAUAUUAAAUCCGAUAUACAAACAAUAUCAUUUGGAUUAGUCGCAUCUAUGGCUUCAGUCAUUUUAGCUAGUGGAAAAAAAGGUAAAAGAAAGUCUUUACCUAAUUGUAGAAUUAUGAUACACCAACCUCUUGGUAACGCUUUUGGUCAUCCACAAGAUAUUGAAAUACAAACAAAAGAAAUUCUUUAUCUUAAAAAAGUUCUAUAUCAUUAUCUAUCUUCAUUUACAAACCAGUCAGUUGAAACGAUUGAAAAAGAUUCCGAUAGAGAUUAUUAUAUGAAUGCUCUAGAGGCAAAACAAUAUGGAAUCAUAGAUGAAGUUAUUGAAACUAAACUUCCACAUCCGUAUUUUAAUAAAUUAGAAAAAUAA